AUGAGCGAUGAAGCUCGAAAGAUAAAAAAAGCCAUCAGCGGCUUCAACACUGAUGAAUCCAAGCUUAUCCAGAUCCUCUCGAAGCCGGAUCCUCUCCAAAUGGCGCUCCUGCGCCAAACAUACCGGCACGCUAUCGGCAAGAACCUCGAAGAGGCGCUGGUAGAAAAGCUGAAACGAGACUUCGGCGAUACCAUCAUCGCGCUCGUCCGCGGACCCCUAAGGAACGACAUCGUCUACCUCCGCAACGCCCUCCCACCACGAACCGCGCAGCCAAACGCAACCCCACCCUCCACCCACGCCUUGCUCGACGACGUCCUCCUCCGCCGCUCCAACGCAGACAUACAAGCAAUAACAACCGCCUUCAAAGAAACCUACAAAACUGACCUCCACACGCACCUCACCUCGACAAACCACAUAAGCGGCCCGCACCACACGCUCUUCAAACACGCCCUCGACGCCAAGCGCAUGGACGAAUCUACCCCGCUAGACCCCGCCCUCGUCGAAGCCGACGCCGACAAAUUCGACAAAGCACCCAGAAACAUCGACCCGGGCAGCAAGGAGGAGACCGACCUCGCCACCCUCCUCGCUCAGCGGAGCGACAACCACCUCCGCGCCGUCAACGCGGCCCUCACCCGCCGCCCGGCCUUCAGCCCCGCCACGGGAACCAUGACCUUCGUGAAGAAGGUGAAAGCCAUCUGGGCGCGCUCGGAUCGGAAGCUCAUGCGGCGCAGCGCGUUGUAUAUUGUCCGUGGGGCGCUGGAUGGGCCGGGGACGGAUGCGGAGAUGCUAUAUAAGUGUAUGAAGGGGAUGGGGACGAGGGAUUCGUUGCUGAUUGCUCGGGUUGUGAGGCUGCAUUGGGCCAAGGGGGGUGGGAGGGUGGGGGAGGUUAAGGCGGCGUAUAGGCGGAGGUAUGAGCGGGGGCUUGUGGAGGCAGUGGAGAAGGAGACGAGCGGGGAUUAUGAGAAGGCUCUGGUUGCGUUGUUGGAUGGGUAA